AAAACAACAACAGCUACAAGUCGAAGAAGGAAUACACCGCUGUUUGACUGAAUUAAUUCUCUGUACGUGAAAAUAUUUCUGAAAGGAUUCCAUAGGAAAAAAAAAUCUGAACAAGUUAAGAUUUGCAUCCACGCACGAUAAUUGCAGCCUUUAGGUGUCUUAUAAUGGAAACAGCAGAGCUUUGUGGGGAUGUGAAGACUGAGUCUUGCAUUACUUCAGAUGGCGGGACAUCGAGCUCUGUGGGGUUCAUCAUCCUUGUGGAUGAACAGAAGCCUAUAAAAAAGGAAGAACCUGAAGAUGAAGGUUAUUCAUGUGGAGGCACAUCAAGCCCUGUAGGAUGUGCCAUGACUACUGACCAACACACUGCAGGAUUCCAGAAGAAAUCUAUAAAAGAGGAAGAACCUGAAGAUGAUGAGUUCCUCUAUGAGACCGACAGCUCCCGUCCUGGUGGUGAUGAUGAUGAUGAUGGCGGUGAUGAGCAUCCCUGGCCUCAUCUUUCUCGGAUAUUCAGCUACCAAAGCAGAAAGAGGCAAAGCAUCAUGAUGAGCUGCAAGCUCUGUCUUCCAAAGAAUGUGGAAAUAUCCGCAUUUCACAACUCUUCAUCUAACUUACGCAAACACGUUGAGAGAAAGCACCCACAAAAAAUGAAAGAUUAUGAAAACUGCAUUGCUCAACGAAGGAAGAGAAAGGAGACUCCAUGUUCCAGUAAUUCAAGCAAGCAAUGCAGAAUUGAUCAGGUGAUAUCAGGAGGAGCCAAACAAGUGCCUCAGUCCACAGUAGAUAAGCUGGUGAUCAACUUUAUUUGUGAAGGCCUUCAGCCAUUCUCAGUUGUUGAACAACCUGCCUUCAAGACCCUGAUUAACACUCUUCAGCCUGGUGCGACUGUGAUGUCAAGACCAACUGUGCGUUUGAGAAUUCAAGAAGCAGCUAUGCAUGUCAAAAAAGCCAUAACAGCUAGGCUUAGCAAAGUGGAGUUUGUCUCAACAACAGCGGACUGUUGGAGUGUGAGGCAGGGGAGCUACAUCGGGGUCACUUGUCACUGGAUUGAAGAGGAGACGCUAGAGCGGAAAUCUGUCGCUUUAGCUUGCAAACGCCUCAGAGGCCACCAUACGUUUGAUAUUCUUGCGUCUUCCCUUGAUGAAAUCCACAGCCAAUAUCACAUCCGUGAUAAGAUUGUAAGAACAACUACAGACAGUGGGUCUAAUUUUUUGAAGGCCUUUAAAGUGUUUGGGGUGCCGGAAGAGACAGCAGCUGACCAUGAAACUGAUGAUGACACUGAAGAUGAAGAGGAAGCAGAGUAUCAUGACAUGUUCUCCAUUUUGGAAGCUGAUACAGGUUUAGAAUAUCACCUUCCAAAUCACCAGCGAUGUGCAUGUCACCUGUUGAACCUGGUGGCAACAACAGAUGCUUCUGUGGCUGAAACCCAGAAUGCAACCUACAGGAAGCUAUCACGCUCUGCUUUUUCUAAGUGCCAUGCUUUGUGGAACAAAUCUGCACGAUCUUCAACAGCUACUGACGUAGUGGAUGCUGGUUGCCACCUGCAAUUUAUAAGACCAAACCAAACCCGAUGGUGUUCGCUAUACCUGGCUGUCGAAAGGGUGGUCCGUAUAAUGAAAGAUCAAGGUGAGGAGGCGAUUCGGAAUGUGUGUGGAGCAUUCAAAUUAAACAUGUUGAACCCAGCUGAGAUUGCCUUUCUGGCUGAAUAUGUAGCAGUGAUGAAGCCUGUAACAUCAGCACUCAACGUCCUACAGUCUGAAAACAACACCCACAUGGGAUGUAUGCUUCCGACUGUGUUCCAGCUAAGGAAGAAGCUGCAGAGAAUGGAGGCCACCAGUAAAUUAUGUUUACCACUGCUGCAAGCAUUACAAGAAGGCCUUGACAAGAGAUUUGGAGAAAUGAUGAAAGACCCUGAACUAAUUGCAGCAGCGAUUCUUUUGCCAAGAUUCAAAACUUCAUGGACAUCUGACACCCAAAUCAUUGAAACAGGGUUAGACUAUAUCCGGAACUAUCUGAGAACAUUCCCAAUCCAAGAGUCCCAGAGAUGUGAAAUGUCUGAUGAAGAUGAUUUCUUUUCAUCAAUGAAGGCAAACCCUCCAGAUGCCACUGGUGAACUGCAGGGAUACUUGGCAUGUGCACCUGAUAGCAUGGAUCUUCUUCAUACAUUCCCAUAUGUUAAGAAAUUGUCUCUGCGUUUAAAUACAGGACUUCCUGCUUCAGCAGCAUGUAAACGCUUGUUCAGUUGUGCUGGGCAGCUGUUUACAGCCAAGCGAGCUAGGAUUGACUGUUCAAAUUUCGAAAAUCAACUUCUGAUUGUGAGGACUGCAAAUCCUACUUCAUCAACAAGUGUGAGGUUCAUGGUCCUGCUCUUUUUAUCUCCGAUACACCUGUUCCUUUGGGGAUUACUAACCGAGCAGCACAAACUCUUCCGCCCGGUCUAGAGGUUCGAAUAUCUGACGUUCCUGAUGCAGGCCUGGGGGUAUUUAAUAAGGGGGACACUAUUCCACUUGGUGCACACUUUGGGCCAUGUGA